CGCGGGCGCCUGAGGAGGAGAAGGAGGAGAAGCGGAUAAGCAAACUGCAGGGCCUGCCAGCAUCCUACGCAGCUUCUGAGUGGCACAGGGCACGCCCUCGCUCUGUGCCAGAGGCAGCAUGGUCUUCAGAGGACCAUGGGGCCUGACAGAGUGACAGCCCGAGAACUGUGUGAGAACGAUGACCUAGCCACCAGCCUUGUCCUCGACCCCUACCUCGGCUUCUGUACCCAUAAGAUGAACGUCAGCCCUAUGCCCCCCCUGCGGCGACAGCACCACCUUCGCUCAGCACUGGAAGCUUUCCUGAGGCAGAGGGACCUGGAGGCUGCUUACCGGGCCCUGACGCUGGGAGGCUGGAUGGCCCACUACUUCCAGAGCCGGGGCCCUCGCCAGGAGGCUGCCCUCAAGACCCACGUGUUUCGCUACCUCCGCGCCUUCCUGCCUGAAAGUGGCUUCACCAUCCUGCCGUGCACCCGCUACUCCAUGGAGACCAACGGGGCCAAGAUCGUGUCCACCCGUGCUUGGAAAAAGAACGAGAAGCUGGAGCUGCUGGUGGGCUGCAUCGCAGAGCUUCGGGAGGCAGAUGGGCUGCUGAGGGCCGGUGAGAACGACUUCAGCAUCAUGUACUCAACCCGCAAGCGGAGCGCCCAGCUGUGGCUUGGCCCAGCUGCCUUCAUCAACCAUGACUGCAAACCCAACUGCAAGUUUGUGCCUGCAGAUGGGAAUGCUGCCUGCGUAAAGGUGCUCCAGGACAUCGAGCCAGGGGAUGAGGUGACAUGCUUCUACGGCGAGGGCUUCUUCGGUGAGAAGAACGAGCACUGUGAAUGCUACACCUGCGAGAGGAAAGGCGAGGGAGCUUUCAGACUACAGCCCCGGGACCCCCAGCUGCCGCCACAGCCCCUGGACAAGUACCAGCUCCGCGAAACCAAGCGGCGACUGCAGCAAGGCCUAGACAGCAGCCAGCAGAGCCUCCUAAGCCCGCGGGCCUGCACCCAUCUGUCCCUUCUGCGCCGGGAUCCCUUCUGUGCCGCCUGUCAGCCCCUGCACCUGCCACCUGGCAGUUCCCGCCUGGACAACUCACCUCUCUGGCUCCAGUGGCUGCCACAGCCACAGCUCCGAGCGCGCCCACGGAAGCGCCGGCGCCCCCGGCCCCAGCGGGCUCCAGUGCUCCCUGUCCUCCGUGCUGCCUGUGUCUCCCUGCACCGGUGGGGAGGCUGUGGCCCCAACUGUCGCUUGCAGGCUGAGGCUGUGGUAGCCCUAGGCCUUCCUCCUCAUGCCCGCUGGGCUCCCCAGCAAGACUGGCACUGGGCUCGGCGCUAUGGGCUGCCUUAUGUGGUGCGUGUGGACCUUAAUCGCCUGGCCCCAGCCCCACCAGCUGCCCCUACUUCUACUGGGACCCUCAGCCCUGUCUCCAUCCCCAUCCCCAUCCCCAAACAGGCCCUGGCCUUUACCCCCUUCUCCACACCCAAGCGCCUGCGCCUAGUUGUCAGCCAUGGAUCCAUUGAUCUGGACAUCAACAGUGAUGAGCCUUGAUAAGUCGGGCAGGGAAUCCCAGGCUGGCAGGAGGGGUCUUUCUCAUAGGCCCUCUCCAGAAGGAGCCCUCAGACCUCUGGGAGGGAGCUGACCCUUGACCCCAGCACAGCUCUGACUUUGGGAGUGGGUUGGUUAGGACAUCCCAGGGAUCUGAUUCCUGACCCUCUGACUGCUGACUCCUGAGCCAACCCCACCCCAGCAGGGACCCCUGGCCAUUUGUUGCCCCUAUCCCCCUACCCCCACCUCAGGACUGGAGGAUCCACUCCCUCCCCUCAGCUCCUUCCUUCCUAGGGAGCCAAGCCAUAAAGGGGUGGGAGCCACCCCAUGGCAUCUCCCCGUAAGCCCAGGCCUCAGGAGGUGGAACUGCUUCAGUGAUGGGGAGUGGAUUUGCUCUCAGUUCUGCAGCUGUCUGAGGUGGGGGUAGGUUGGGUUGAGGGUAUCUGGGGCACAUCCUCAUCCCCCGUAGGUCUCAGGGAGGCCGGGUGCAACCUCUUCUUUCAUGGUGCUAUCCCUGGUGCUAUUGGGGUGUGGGAGGCUCCCUCCCCUCCCCACACCAGAAUGGGGUAUUUUGGGGCAUUGGAAGCACUUGAACUUUUUAUUUUAUUAAAACCUUGUUAUAAG